AUGGCGAAGCGCAAGGAGGAUCCGUUACAAGCAGAGGACGCGCACGACAAGCUGGAGCUGAUGCCGCUGGGCGCGGGCAACGAAGUGGGGCGGUCGUGCGUGUUCAUGUCGUACAAGGGCAAGAACGUGCUGUUCGACUGUGGCAUUCACCCUGCAUGCUCUACUCAGGCAUCGCUGGGCUGCCCUUCUUUGGUCACCUGCCUUCUUUCCAUCCCCUUCCCCCCCACUCAAUCCCCUUCCACCGCAUCCAAUCCCCUUCCACCGCACCCAACCCUCUUCGCACUGCCAGUUCGACUGUGGCAUUCACCCCGCCUACUCGGGCAUCGCCGGGCUGCCCUUCUUUGA